ACGAUACCGGUCGCCCAUCGCUAACUCCCUGCCCGUUCUGCCCCUCGCCCAUGGCGACGCCCGCCGCCGCCCCCCCGGCCCCACCAAACCCUAACCCCGUCCCCGACGACCCGCCGCCGCAGCAGGAGGAGGAGGCGACGGAGCCGGUGCAGGAGCCAGAGACGUCGUCGUCGCCGCCGCCGCCCGUCCUCACCACCUCGAUCGAGCCCACCCCGUCCGGCGACGAGGGGAGCGAGAGCGAUGACUCGUCGUCCGUCUCGUCGGCAGCCUCCUCCGCGCCGGCACCCGCUGCCGCCGGGGGCGCGGCCGGGAGGCCUCUCCCGGCCGCGAAGGACCUGCUCCACAUCUCCUUCAACCAGGACUACGGCUGCUUCGCGGCGGGCACCAAGUCGGGCUUCCGCAUCUACAACUGCGACCCCUUCCGCGAGAUCUUCCGCCGCGACCUCGCCGCCGAGGGCGACGGAAGCGGGGGAGGGGGCAUCGGCGUCGUCGAGAUGCUCUUCCGCUGCAACAUACUCGCGCUCGUCGGCGGCGGCGACAACCCCCACUACCCGCCCAACAAGGUCAUGAUCUGGGACGACCACCAGAGCCGGUGCAUCGGGGAGCUCUCCUUCCGCUCCCCAGUCCGCGGUGUCCGCCUGCGCCGCGACCGAAUCAUAGUAGUUCUGGAGAACAAGAUUUUCGUGUACAACUUCGCGGACCUUAAGCUUGUGCACCAGAUUGAGACGGCGCCCAACCCCAAGGGCCUCUGCGCGGUGUCGCAACAGCCUGGGUCCAUCGUGCUGGUUUGCCCUGGCGCGCAGAAGGGGCAGGUCAGGGUGGAACACUAUGGGGCAAGGAAGACCAAAUUUAUCAAUGCACACACUUCCCGUGUUGCGUGUUUUGCGUUGUCGCAGGAUGGGAGGCUGAUCGCCACUGCAAGCACCAAAGGAACACUAGUCAGAAUCUAUAAUGCUGCCGAGGGCAAUCUUCUGCAGGAAGUAAGGAGAGGUGCCGACAGAGCAGAAAUAUAUAGCUUGGCUUUCUCAAAUAAUUUGCAGUAUUUGUCUGUAUCCAGUGAUAAAGGAACAAUUCAUGUUUUCAAUCUAAAGAUCAAUGUGGGAUCAACCACAAAUGAUAAGCCUAUGCCUGCUCCAGAUCCUGAAAUUCCCCAUAUAAGUCCUCCUCUUUCAUUCAUCAAGGGCGUGUUGCCGAAAUAUUUCCACUCUGAGUGGUCAGUUGCUCAAUUCAGGCUUCAUGAGGGUGAGCAGUAUAUUGUUGCAUUUGGACACGAGAAGAAUACCGUGGCAGUUGUUGGUAUGGAUGGAAGCUUCUACAGAUGCCAGUUUGACCCUGUUAAUGGAGGAGAAAUGUUGCAGCUGGAAUGCUACAAUUUCCUAAAACCAUCGGAUCAACAGUAACAACAUACUGUAAUGAUAAGCUAUUCAUCUCCCUUGUACCAGGAUUGUACAGUAUCUUUGUGCGCUCUCGUUCACCCGAGGGCUAUGGAGAAGCUCAUAUUUUAUUUGUAAAUAUAUCUUGCUGCUUCCGGAGUAUGUUCUGUGGAGGGUCAAAACACCCUUCUGCAGAUGAACAUAAUAAUAGAAUGCAUCUUGUUUUAUGAUGAUGAAUAAAAUAGCCUAACCUUGUUUCUACAUUUGUUAAUCAGGUGCGAGAAGCUUAUUCUGCAAAUGAUCUGGCGUUCAUUUGGCGAAUAAACCCACUGGCGUAGCACGUUUUCCCGCUGCGUUUGAUUGCGUGACUGAUGUACUGAUCGUUUUGGGUGAUGUUUCGCCUGUUUGAUGGCUCCAGAUGGAUGAGCAAUGGCGACUUCUCCCCUCGCCCCUUGUGAUGAAAGAGUAAUCAGUAGGGAUGUUGUGAAUAUUUUACUACCGUAUUCGAAUUUUAUCCGGUUUGAAAGAGUUUUUAUUCGUCUGUAUCCGAUUCUGAUUAUCCAAUAUCCGUAACCGAUCUGUAUCCGAAUGAUCAAAAGUUAUAUUUUUAUAAUAUCGAUAUUCAUUAUAAUUUUA